AUGGACGUUACAGGACAAGCAGCGAAGAAAGAGGUUUCAAAGAUUGUAAACGAUGAAGUUUCAUCAAUCGAGAUCAAAGUAUUGUUAUUCGCCAGAGCGCGUGAGCUCACGGGUGUGCCUGAUCUAAAACUGAAGAUGCCAUCAGGUAGUACAACAAAGAAAUGUAUGGACGAAUUGGUCAUCAAGUUUCCAAAGUUAGAAGACGUACGCAGCUGCGUGGUUCUUGCUUUGAACGAGGAAUAUACAACUGAUUCGGCAAUUGUUAAACACCGAGAUGAGUUGGCCAUCAUACCUCCAAUAAGUGGUGGCUAAUGCCUUUUGUACUUGUAACUAAAUCCUCUUAACUUGGGGUUUUGUAUUUUCAUUGGCAAUAAAAUCAUAAAUGUAACAGUUAAAAGA